ACCAAAUGAAAGGGUGAUCGAUGCACAGUGCAUGCCGGCUAGGAGCACCAAGCGCAGCUGGGCUGAUGAUCAGUUGACGGGGGUUUUGAAUAAUAAUGUCCCCCAACGCCUUACGAGACUCGAACUCUCUUUUUGACUCUCUGAAGUUUUCACCCACAGCAACAACUUGGUAUGGCUGGAUCUCCCCUCAUGCGUUCUCAUGCAGUGGUCGCCAGUACCUUCAUCAGAGCCGUCAGGCUCAACUCCGAAUGACUUCGAUGCGGCCCCAGUUGCCGAGCAGCGGAGCAAACAUAUCACGCGCAAGGCUUCGAGUUAUGCAACUACGAUCGUGGACAGGUUUCUCAAACGGGUCAGAGGAUGGCGAACGGGAAUCGGCAUGUGCAUCAUCUUUAGCACUUUGGUUUUGGUUUUCAAUUUGGCAAUUUCAAUCUUGUCUUCCGUCAACCCAAGGAUAGAUGGAAUCACGGCGCAACAUGGGCUCUCGACCUUCUACGAGGGUAGCUGCUCCACGUCUAAAACCGUCUCUAUCGUCACACAUCUUCUGCUCAACAUUCUGGCGACUAUUCUGCUGGGAGCUUCAAACUAUUGUAUGCAGAUCCUCGUCUCUCCCACACGAGCUGAAGUCGAUCGAGCACAUGCCAUGCAACGUUGGCUGAGAAUCGGGGUGCCGAAUAUUCAGAACUUACCGUAUAUUCACUGGACCAGAGUGAUGCUUUGGGUACUAUUGGGCAUCAGCUCACUGCCACUGCAUCUACUCUGGAACUCGGCCAUUAUCCAGACCAUCAGUUCUAACAACUACUACUUGGGCGGCGUCACAGAAGACUUCGUCAUGGGAGCCAAUGCGACUGCUGGAAGCGCUCAGUUCAUUGAAGACUGGUUUCAGGGCAGCGAAGACGACUUCAACCACGUGUGGUACUCAGCGGUACGAAGUCCCAACGUGGCCAAUCUAACCACGACACAAUGCAUCAAGGCUUAUGGCGAGCCAUUGAUAUCCGAGUAUGGAAACGUGGCCGUCGUAUUCGAUGCGCGAAACUCUACAAAUUCCCUUCUGUUUGCCGGAACACGCCUCACGGGCGCAAAUGACUACAUCGGAGUCAGUGAAAACUGGGUCUGUGGAUUUCCAGCUCCUUUAUCCCCGGGAUGCGCGAUCGGGGAUCUUGCCGACGACAAUAGCACGUACUGGACGCCGUUGAACACCGCUGCCAACUCGCCCAAUCUGACGGUCAAUCCCUUCCUCGAGGAUAUCGCUCGGUCUAACGUUUCGGUGAAAUACUGUCUCGCACAGCCGAUUCACUCUCCCAGCCGCGUUGGCACAACGCCAUCGAUUCUAUUCGCGGUACUCGGUGCUAACGCGUUGAAGGUGUUCUGCUUCAUCUGUACUUGGUUCAUUGUCAAGCAUAAGGCCAUACACGAAGGAGAAGAGCGCAUGGUCGUGAAUGGGGAUCUGAUUGCAAGUUAUCUGCGAGAGCCAGAUCUGAGAUUCAGUGGCAGAUGUCUCGCAUCCAGUCGACACGUGCGAAAUCCAAAGAAGAGCAAAGAGCAGGGUUUAUCAGAUGUUGGGUUCUGGGACUUUGGCACGCCCAUGCCCCUGCCUUGGUUGGGUGGGCAGAGUCAGAGACAACAAAAAGAGGCAGUAGAGCAGCAGCCAAGCAGGCGGCGGGGUAUUCGACUCCCCUUUUCCCGCCAAUCCACCAGCUCUAAACCAGGGAGCACAGAUUCCAGGAAGUCAACCCCAAGAUGGCACACAGGUCCAUCUGGGAUGACAUGGAUUGUCUACAUAUUUCCUUGUGCUAUAAGCAUCUUCGCUUUGUUCGCACUGUUCUUCGGUAACAGCCUCGACAAAUAUCUCUUCAUCGGCUUUGGCGUUCCCUCAACACAAUCCACACUAAGUCCGGGUCCUGGCACGGGGCCAGGUUCCAAUUUCGGAAUCUUUUCUAGCACUCUCAUUGCCAACUCGCCGCAGCUCAUCGCAUCAUACAUCUACCUCGCCUGCAACUCAGUGCUGACUUCGAUGCUCGCACACCACGAAGUCAGCUCGUACGCCAUACGGCGGCGGGGUCUGCGCGUCAGCUUUCCUAGACGACGGACCUCGCAGCGUGGAACGUACUAUCUACAAUUACCGUGGCGGAUUGCCCUCCCGUUGAUGACGGGGAGUACUGUGUUGCACUGGCUUCUCAGCAAUAGUCUAUUUUUGCUGCGUGUUGCAGUGUAUAACCCCGACGGACUGGAAGAUGUUUCCAAGUUGAUCGCGACGGUCGGGUAUUCGUCGAGUCCGAUUUUGGCAGUGCUGGGCAUGGUAGCGGCUCCAGUAGCAGGAGUGCUGGUGCUGGGAUGGGUGAAGAGAUAUGAAGGGGCCGAAAAAAUGCCCCUAGUCGCUACAUGUAGUGCCAGUCUGGCGGCUAUAACUUGCCCAUCUGCCCUGGCCAGAGGUCAUGAUACUGAUGGUUUUGGUGAAAAGCCUAUGGAGACUGACGCGCAAGGGACCGAAAUGAGCAUGGCUGAAGAUGAAACGUUGCCUGUCAUGACAGGGAUCAACACUGAUACGACAUACAAUCCAUCGAAUGCGUCAGUCACAGGGUUUGGGGAAGGCCUCGCAGAGAUGCGUCUCUUAUGGGGUGUUGUUGGGAACGGAUCUUCAAGUGGAAAUGUCGAGCAUGCCACUUUCUCUGCACACCCAGUGCGCUCUCUGGAGGUUGGUCGAAUAUAUGCGUAGUCCAGACACUUGGUUGUUUAGAAGGAACUCGAUAUCCAAAUUGGAGAAAAUAGAUAUUUCAGACAUUGUCACUGGCUUUCUCGACAACUUAUUAUGUGGGCUGUGGCUCGUGUACAUACUGAGAUCCUUUGUUCUAGUAUACUCACCAGAGCAAACAUGCCAUUGGCUUCUAAAUCCCAUCUAUAACUGUUCACCCC